AUGUUAGCCAAUCAUUCGGCUGUUGAAAUUCCCAUUGGAAGGCCGACUCAGGUCUAUAAUAAUAGAGGUUCUAGUAAACAACCGCCAAGUUAUAAUUCAGUAUUUAAACAAAAAAAUCGAAAUCAAAAUCCCACUGAUCGUCCGUAUUAUCCCGAUGAUGAGUAUUUCAAAGAUAAUGAUUAUCCAACAAAACCAACCAGUGAUGUGGAAAAAGAUGAUAAACCAAAGAUUCCAGAUUUUUUGAGAAAUUCUGGACCAGGACUUUCACCACUUAAAGAAAAUCCACCAGUUACAUUGACAUGGCACGGAAUUCGUGCACUAGCACCAUCAAAACAAGGAAAAUUAUCGAAGAAAAUAAGUAGUUUAUUAGGCAAAGAAAUUAAAGAAGAUAAAGUACUUUUGAAAGGCGUUAAUGGAAUCGUUAGUCCAGGUCAUAUGUGUGCAAUUAUGGGCGCUAGUGGUGCUGGUAAAACGACGUUGAUGAAUAUUUUGACUCAUCGGCGUCCUGGAAAACUGCUAAUUGAGUCUGAUGUACGAAUUAACGGACAGAAAAUGAGGCGAGAUAUUUCCGGUUUAUCCGGUUAUGUUCAACAAGACGAAUUGUUCAUUGGCUCGCUGUCCGUUCGAGAACAUUUACGAUUUCAUUCAAUGUUGCGACUUGGAAAAGAGUUUACCCUAGAUGAGCGUAAUAGACGGGUGGAUGAAGUUAUUAAAUUUGUAGAAAACACAACAAUUGGUGUUCCUGGAAUUGUUAAAGGUUUAUCUGGUGGUGAGAAACGACGUUUGACAGUUGCCACAGAAGUACUCUCAGAUCCUCCACUUCUAUUAUGUGAUGAACCAACAUCCGGGCUAGAUUCAUCAAUGGCAUUUAUCCUUAUUCAAGCUAUGCGAAAAUUGGCCGAUCAAGGAAAAACAAUUGUGUGUACAAUACAUCAACCAUCAUCAGAGAUAUUUUAUUUAUUCGAUACUUUAUAUUUACUUGCCGAAGGUCGAGUUGCUUACUUUGGCUCAUUAGAAAAAGCUCCAGCAUUUUUUCGAAGUCUAAAUCUUGAAAUACCGUCGAAUUACAAUCCAGCUGACUUUUAUAUUCAACAAUUAGCUAUUUAUCCAAAAACCAGAGAAGAAAAUUUAGCUCAAAUCGAAUAUAUAGCCGAUCAAUAUGAAAACUCACCACAGUAUGCACGUUAUUUAUCUGAAAUAACUGAAUAUCAUCAAGAUAAUCAAGAUGAAAAUCCAAAUCCACUCGUGCGAUUUUUUAAAGGAAAAAUGUCUGAUAAUAAAAAUGCAAGCAGAUACAAAACUAGUUCGUUUACUCAAUUUCGAUGGUUGACAUGGAGAAAUUUUAAAAAUGUUUUAAAAAAUCCAUUUGAAAUUCGUUUGAGUAUAUUUUUGGCAAUUUUUAUUGGUCUUUUAAUCGGCAUACUGUAUAUUCGACUGAAGUAUAAUCAAGAUGGGAUUCAGAAUAUAAAUGCUGUGGUAUUUUUAGUUCUAAUUACUACAUCAUUUAUGAAUUUGUUUCAUAGUUAUACAUCUGAAUUUCCAAUUUUUUAUAAAGAGCAUGAUGAUGCUGUCUACCGUGUAGCACCAUAUUAUUUUUCAAAAUUUGUUGCGGAGCUUCCUCUAUUUGCCAUAACAACUUUGGUUGAAGUUUGCAUCACUUAUUGGAUGGCAAAUUUGUACGCUACUGCCAAACGUUUUUUUAUAUUUGCUGGUGUAAUUACUUUGACAAGUCUGACAUCUGUGGCGUUAGGAUCAGUAAUCAGUGUGCUAGCAACUACCCCCGAUCAAGCAUCUGCGGUUCAAGUGCCCAUAUUAUUGCCAAUUAUGAUUUUUGGUGGAUUUUUCCUUAAUAAUGAUUCCACACCUAAAUGGUUGAUUUGGAUUAAGUAUUUAUCUUGGUUUUAUUAUGGAAAUGAAAUAUUGUUAAUCAAUCAGUGGCGUGAUGUCAAAUAUUUACCAUGCGAUAAUGAUAAUAGUGCAAAUAGUAAUGUUCCAUGUUAUCAUAAUGGUCAAGAAGUCAUCAACUAUUUGAAUUUCGAUACGAAACAUUAUAAUCGUGAUAUUGGACUUCUCGUAUUAUUAUUCGUAGUUUUAAGAGUGAUUAGUUUUACAGCAUUAGCUUUAAAAGCAAAAUUUUUUAAAUAA